AUGACUGACUACCGGGUCAUUGUUUGUCGUGAAGGUUUUUGUAAGCCAAUUGCCAAAGGAGCAUUUUCAGCAGCCUGCACUAUUACUCUAAUAUGUGGAAAAUUCAAUAUUUUAUUCGAUCCAGGCAGCCCGUGGGAUGCGGAUAUGAUACACUCGAUUUUAGGCGAGCACAAUCUUGAAUGCAAAGACAUUGACUACGUUAUCUGCUCCCAUGGGCAUGUUGACCACAUCGGCAGUCUAAAUUGUUUUCCUUCUGCUACAAUAUUAAUCGGAACGGAAAUUAUGCGAUCCGGCAGAACUGUUGAGCAUAAUUUCUCCUUUGUCAACCCUUUCAUUAUUGACGACAACGUGCGGAUUAUCUUCACUCCUGGACACACAAAGAAUGAUGUAUCAUUAGUGGUUGAGAAAACUCGAGAAUUCGGAACUGUCGUUGUAUCUGGUGAUCUUUUUGAAUCUCAACAAGAUCUUUUGGAUUCUCAGUUAUGGAAAUCCAGUAGCUUGGAUGCUAUUUUACAGGAACGUAGCCGGAAUUACAUUUUGUCGUUUGCUAAUUACAUUAUUCCUGGCCACGGUUCGAUGUUUCGAGUUUAG